AUGAGCAUCGAUUUGAGGCAAUCAAUUUAGCAGGAUAAGCAAAAAAUGAAAGAUGUCAGUAAGAGGCAUCAAAUGUGGUUAGGAGGUUUUUUAACAGAAACUAAUUGGGUUUCCACUGACAAAAAUAAUUUAAUUGAAUCUCCUAAUAAAACGGUAAAGAGUGAAUAAAAAAUGGGUAUGACUUCUGCCUUGAGUCCAAUGGCUACUUUUCAUUCAAAUAAAUUUAUUCCAUUUAUCCACGAACGAGAUAGCGUCGGCAGAUUAAUAAGAGAAGAAAACUCUGACUAAAAUAACGAAAAUGAUCUAGAUCAAGAUAGCUAAUCUAGAAAAAAUAGCAAACAUUAUUCUACUGAUAAUAGAUUAGACAAGUCCAAUUUGUUUUCAUAGAAGAAUUUACAGCUAGCAUCCAGAACAUAGAGUUUAAAUCAUCUCCUUUUUGAUACCAUAAUUAUGCCAGGCUCUAAUGGAAAAAAAAAGUAAUAAGUAAUUAUGGACGAUAAAAGGACAUAUUAAAGAUCUAACUAUUUGGAGCUCAACAAAACUAAUGAGGAUGCUUAGUAAUAAAAUAAGCCAAAAUCCAUUAAUUAUUAAGAAUUUAAGAUAAAAACAAUUUAGCCAAAUAAAUUAAGAGAAACUCAUAGUUAGUUUUCUCCUUCUAAAGAGGGUAGCACCAAACCUAAUUCUCAGCAUUCAAAUGUUCGAGGAGGCGGAGGAACAGUAAAAUAGCCUCGUUUAGGUUUUAAUGAUUAAUAUCAUGAAAACAAGGUACCUUCAAUAGGAUAUUAUAAUGUCACUCAUAAUUUAAUAGAACCAAGAGUACAUGGAAUUUUUAUAAAGGGUAAAGAUAAACAUUUUAACAAGAUACGUCCAUCUAAUUUUGAAGGAAAUCCUCACUUGAUGAAUUUUAAGCAAACAGAUAAAUAUGUUUCAACUCCAGAUUUCUAAAAAUCUCUUGCAAGAAGUUAAACAAAUUACAAGUGGGCACCUGAAAUAUACUAGGAAGAAAUAAACAAGUUGAAAGAAUCUUAAAAGGGAUUUAAGCUAGACAACAAGCAACUUGAGUCAGACUAUCAAUUCUAUAUAAAAAUGCAAAAAAAAUAUCCGUUAAAAUAAUUAUAAUUCAUAGAAGAAAUGCCAAAAACAAAAUUUCACCAACCUCCGAACAAGCAAGAAAUAAAAGAACUUACCAAAAAUAUUCUUAAAAAAUUUGGAUUCGAUAUAGCAAGUAAAAAGUUCUCCUUUUUUAGAGAAAAAUACACUAUAAACUUAUGA